ACUCUUUCUCUCUCAUACAUCUCAUUCUCUCUCAUCAACGAGAGGUAAUUCAAACAUUUAGACAGAUAAUUUAAACGACAUAAUCCUCAAUAUCCUGCUUUCUCAAUCAUGGCCGCAACCAACGGGACGCCCUCAAAGAUUGGAGUCAUCUCCAUCGGCGACAUGGGCGUCGGCAUCGCCAAGCUCCUCAUCGCCAAAGGCUUCCAAGUCGCAACGAACUGCAAAGGCCGCAGCGAGGACACCCUCCAACGCGCCCGCGACGCAAAAGUAGAGCUCCUAGACACAGACGAAGCCCUAGCAUCCCAGUGCGCCGUAAUCCUCUCCGUCGUGCCCCCGCGCGACGCAGAAGCCACCGCGGAGCGCAUCAUCGACGCCCUCGCCGGCACUUCAUCGUCGCGCGAGACACCCCUCUACUUCAUCGACAUGAACGCCGUCGCCCCGUCAACCUGCAAAUCCAUCGCCGCCUCCUUCGCCCGCGCCCGCGCCCCCGCACGCUUCGUCGACGCCUGCAUCAUCGGCGCCCCGCCCAGGCCCAAAUCCGCCCCCAACGCCGGCACAAACGUCUCUGCCUCGGCCCCACCGCCCGGUACCGGCGGCGGCGACGACGACAACGACCCGGAUGCGUGGUACGUCCCGGGCAUGCCCAUGUCCGGCCCCGACAAGCUCUCCGACCUCUCCCUCCCCGGCUCCGGUUCCCCAGACGACGCAAACGCAUCCUUCGGCACCCGCCUCAGCGCAACCCUAGGCGGCAACCACAUCUCCGACUCCGUCGGCGCCGCCUCGGGCCUGAAAAUGUGCUUCGCCUCCCUCUCAAAGGGCUUCACCGCCAUCGCCACCCAGGCCUUCACCUCGGCCCACAGGAUGGGCGUGCUCCCCCACCUGCGCGACGAGCUCGCCGCCCGCCUCCCCUCGCACCUGCAGUCCGCGGAGAAGGGCGUCGUGACGAUGCCGCCCAAGGCGUACCGCUGGGUCCGCGAGAUGGAGGAGAUUGCCAAGACGCACGCCGAGGAGGGCGGGUUCGGGCCCGAGUUGUUCGUCGGCGCGGCGGGCGUGUAUAAGUCCGUGGCGGAGGAUUCGCCGCUGGGAGGGGAGAAGAUUGGCAAGAGGAAGAGGGGCACGACGGUGGAGGACGUUGCUGCUGCUUUGGCGGAGGGGUUUGAGAGGAAGAAGAAGAAGACUGACUGAAGACUGAUUCACUUAUUCCAUAAGUACAACUUGGACGCUGUGUAGAUUUCAGGAAAAGGGUCAAAAGUAGAUUGGAAGACUUGAACAUUGUC